GCCAUCCACCAUUCUAGUGGAUCCCAUCCUUCAGAUUUUGUCUUUCUGCUGUCUUCUGCUCCACUUUUCACCUUCCUUUGCACGCUGAACACACUGAACAACCGGUCAACAGCAGGGCAGGCAGUUCAAGUUCCCGUCUCGGCCACUGCCCGUGCAACCGCAAGUCUCCCGCCCGGGGACCUGCCUGCCACCCACCACCCACCCUCUCUCAAAAUGUCGGUACCUCAUCCGAGUACCUCAUGUACCUUGGCCAGGUACCGGUACGUUUCCCACCUCCCUCCAUCACGCAGGCUGAGGAUGAGGAGCCCGCCCUUUGCAAGUGCGAGGAAGACGUCGACGGUGGAGGGUUUCCAGGUUGUUUCCGGCCCUGGCGUUUGCUGCCAUGGAUCUGCUCAAGUCGAGUCGAGUCGAGUCAAACAAUCACGCUGCAUUGCACUCCUGCCCAUCCAUCUACUCCCUUCCCAUCCUUGA